AAACAACAUAUCUCCUUGCUAUAAAUUUCAAUUAUUUGGACAAUCUUCUACUGCUCCUUAACAAGAACCAUCCCACCAUGCCAGAACCUUCAUCCUUCAAAGUUGUGCAAGUUUGUUCUGUUUCACCACCGCCACAAAAUGGAACAACAACAACUUCUCCAACCUCUAUACCGCUCACCUUCUUAGACAUAUUAUGGCUACGGUUCCCACCCGUUGAGCGUCUUUUCUUCUUCGAAUUCCCAAACUACCCUUCUUCUAAUUCGUUCUACGACUCUGUUCUUCCAAAUCUUAAGCCUUUAGACUCUCCCAAACCGAUGAUUCAUUAUGUCCCUAAUGAAGAUUCUGUUACCUUAACCAUAGCAGAGUCUAAUGAUCACGAUGUUAACGUUUUUGAUCAACUUUGUUCUAAUUUAUGUGAUGCUUCACAACGUUAUUUCUUGAUACCCCAAUUGGCCAAUUCUCAUGAAAAAGCUUCUUUGUUAGCGUUACAAGUAACUUUGUUCCCAAAGUUCGGAUUUUGCGUUGGAAUUUCAACACACCAUGCAGCCAUGGAUGGAAAGUCUUCAACUUUGUUUAUGAAAGCAUGGUCCUACACAUGCUCCAAGCUAUUAGAAUCACCAUCUUUUCCAUCAUCGCUACCAUUACCUGAGAAUCUAACACCAUUUUUGGAUAGGUCGGUGAUAAGGGACCCAACAAAAAUUGGUGAAGCUUAUGCAGAUUCAUGGAUGAAUCAUGGUGGAACAAAUAACCGAAGUCUCAAAGUGUGGGAUUUUCCUAAUGAGUUUGCAAAAGAAGGAUAUGGGGUUAAGGCGUUGUUUGAAUUGAACCCCACACAGAUCAUGAAGCUCAAGGAACAUGCAAAAUUCAAGAUGGGAGGAUCAAAAAGUGUGAAACUUUCAAGUUUUUCGGUUACUUGUGCUUAUGUAUUAUCAUGUUUGGUUAAAACAGAAGAGCAACACUUGUUGAAAAACGCGGUUGGAUUGUAGAACAAGGUUAGACCCUCCAAUUGUUUCAACAUAUUUUGGGAAUUGCGUUGCUGGAGAAAAGGUUGAGGCAGAGACAAAAGGGAUACUGUUGGGAAACAAUGAUGGAUUCAUCGUUGCUUUGAAAGGAAUCAUUGAAGCAUUGAAAAGGGUUGAAGAUGGGUUAGUAAUGAAUGGAGCAGAGUCUUGGUUUGAGGAUAUGCGAAAUUUUGCUGAUAAAGCAAAGAUAUAUUCCAUUGCUGGAUCUCCUAGGUUUGGAGUUUAUGAUGUUGAUUUUGGUUAUGCAAAGCCUAAGAAAGUGGAUAUGACUUCAACGGACAAGACAGGAGCUUUUUCUCUUUCGGAGAAUAAGGAUAACAAUGGUGGAAUAGAGAUUGGGUUGGCAUUGAAAAAAAGUGACAUGGAAACUUUCUCUACGUUUUUCAGUGAAGGACUUCAAUCCUUGUAAGCUAUGAUUAUUUACGUUUAGCAUAGCUAGUUGUGUUAUUUGUACCACUUUUUUACUAUAUUGUGUCUAUUUUUUUUUAAAUGUAAAAGUGAGUAAAAAAAUUAAAAAUAAUAAAUAUGUACUGUUUCUUAAAAAAAAAAC